AUGGACGCUAACGGACGCUGACGCCCCCCCGGACACGUCAGAAGUUGGGCGGCCCCGUGACGUCAGCCCUCUUUCCCUGUCGGAUACCAGCCGAGGCAGCACGCGAUCCGACGGUUACCAAGCAAUAAAACACCAACUAAAAGCAACUUUCCGUUGCCGUCGAGGAAGCACACAAUUAUCCCUCAGCAUGCCAAAAAAAAGUACCAAGAUGAGCGGAUUGCAGUGCCUCGCCACCGAGAACGUCUGGUUCGACAAGCAGCGCUACGACGACGCAGAGAAGUGCUUCUACGAGGGCGCCAAUGGAACCGCCGCAAAGGAGAGGGAGUUUAAUGCCAUCCUGCAGGACAUUGCUAAAUCCCGACAGAAUAUCCUGCAGUCCCUCAACGGAGCAAAAACGGCAGUGCUGCAACCCAAAGAGGCCCCACAAAAACGGCGCCACCGAAACUCCUCCUCUCAUGGAGCAGGAGACCAGGAGCUGGUUUCUCGCAUGAAGGGCAUGGAACUGGAGAACCAGACUCUGCACAAAGUGGUGGAGGAGAUGAGAGCAGCCCUGAAGAAGCUCGAGCUCAGAGUGGCUUCGCUUGAAAAGAGUCCAGCGGCCGUCACGUGUGCAAAGGCUGCCCCAGUCAAAGCUGCCCCAGUGAAACCCGUAAAGGUGGAAAAUGGAGACGACGAUGACAGCGACAUCGACUUGUUUGGCAGUGAUGACGAUGAGGAAGCAGAGCGCAUCAAGCAGGAGCGCCUGGACGCCUACGCAGCCAAGAAGUCCAAGAAACCCGCCCUCAUCGCCAAGUCGUCCAUCCUGCUGGACGUUAAGCCCUGGGACGAUGAGACCGACAUGGGGAAACUGGAGGAGUGCGUGCGGUCCGUGCAGAUGGACGGGCUCCUGUGGGGAGCCUCCAAACUGGUGCCAGUUGGCUACGGCAUCAAGAAGCUGCAGAUCAACUGCGUGGUCGAGGACGACAAAGUCGGCACCGACAUCCUGGAGGAGGAACUCACCAAGUUUGAGGACUAUAUCCAGAGUAUAGAUGUUGCUGCGUUCAAUAAGAUCUAAGCUCCAAAGUGUUGCUGCUGCUCCUGGAUUGCACAUUUAUUAAAAUGUAAAGUUUUGAGCACGAA